UGAUGUGUUGCAUUGACAUUGACCCGUUCUACUGCAACCUGUAUGUAAGCGAGUGACUAACGGAUAAAAACAGAACUUUACUCGUGUGCAACAUUUUUUUGAAGACUUUUUAUCUUCAGCUUUCUCUAACAGGAACCUUGCUUUCUGAUCAAGCUCACAUCGUUAGAUUUUCGGUGUUCAAGUUAGUGUUGGUGUGGACGGAGGUCGACAGAGCUUUAGCUGAAGUCAGUCUACCGACCCGAUGCUUUCCCCGGGCAAGACCAUCUCCUCCCGGCUGCUGAGGCCGGCCUCGUGGCUUCCUUUUCGUCUGUGUCCUGAGCGGACAGCCGUUAGCUCCAUGCAAAAAGAGCUGAUCAAGAAACAUGAACUGGAGAAAGAUGAGCUGCGGCCCCUCUACAUGGACUUCCAGGCUACUACUCCUAUGGAUCCUCGAGUCCUGGACGCCAUGUUGCCAUUCCAGGUGAAUUACUAUGGAAACCCUCACUCUAGGACACAUGCCUAUGGUUGGGAGAGCGAGACUGCCAUGGAGACUGCCAGAAAGCAGGUGGCCGAUCUUAUUGGAGCCGAUCCCAGAGAAAUCAUCUUCACCAGUGGAGCCACAGAGUCCAACAACAUGGCCAUCAAGGGCGUGGCCAGGUUCUACCAGGCCAAGAAGCGACAUGUGAUCACAACACAGACUGAACAUAAAUGUGUUCUGGACUCCUGUCGGAUCUUGGAGGCUGAAGGAUUUGAGGUCACCUACCUGCCUGUCCAGAAUAAUGGACUUCUGGACCUGCAGUUACUGGAGGCCUCCAUCCGUCCGGAAACCUCACUGGUGUCCGUGAUGACCGUCAACAAUGAAAUUGGAGUCAAGCAGCCCAUCAAGGAAAUCGGUCAGAUUUGCCGAUCCAAGGGAGUCUUCUUGCACACUGAUGCUGCGCAGGCUGUUGGAAAGAUUCCUAUCAGUGUCUCUGACUGGAAGGUCGAUUUGAUGUCAAUUAGUGGUCACAAGAUCUACGGACCCAAAGGUGUGGGCGCUUUGUAUGUGCAACGCCGACCUCGAGUUCGUUUGGAGCCGCUGCAGAAUGGGGGCGGCCAAGAGAGAGGUCUUCGCUCUGGGACGGUGCCCACUCCGCUGGCCGUCGGACUCGGAGCCGCCUGCAGCAUAUCUCAGAAGGAGAUGGAGUAUGAUCAUCAAAGAGUGUCCAUGCUAGCUAACCGUCUGGUCCAGAAAAUCAUGUCUGAGAUUCCUGACGUUGUCAUGAAUGGAGACCCAGAACAGCGCUACCCUGGAUGCAUUAAUCUUUCAUUUGCCUAUGUGGAAGGAGAAAGUCUGUUGAUGGCGCUGAAGGAUGUUGCUUUGUCAUCUGGAAGUGCAUGUACAUCAGCUUCUUUGGAGCCAUCAUACGUUCUCAGAGCCAUUGGAGCAGAUGAAGACCUUGCUCACUCUUCCAUCAGGUUUGGUAUCGGCAGGUUCACCACAGAACAAGAAGUCGAUUACACAGCGGAGAAAUGCAUCCACCACGUCCGCAGACUCAGAGAGAUGAGUCCUCUCUGGGAGAUGGUUCAGGAAGGCAUUGACCUGAAGAGCAUCAAGUGGACGCAGCACUAGACCCCACCCACUGCUUGCCGAUAACGAUUACGGUUCCUAAGAAAUUCUUGGGAUGGUCCAGCUAUUUUAUCCUCUAAGCAAACACGCACAAACUUCCUGUCUGACUUGAAGUCUGUUUGUAACUGUAGCUCUCUGUUUUUGUACAAGUUCCUCAUGUUGGUCUUUUAGGAGACAUUAAGCAACAACACUGCUGUCUCUGAUAGUUGUAUUCUACAAGGAGGCUUCCACAAAAUGUGCAGCUUUAUAUGAUCUGAGAUACAGCUUGAAAGCUGAGUAAGCUGAAUCCUACAAAUCAUGAUAAGGGAUAGAACAAUAGAGUACAAUGGACAGAAUAUGUAGUUUGUGCCAUUUUUGAGUAAGAUGCAAGGAGAGGAAAAAUCAAUUACGUCAUUUAAAAUGAAUAGAAGCAAAAGGAAAAACUGGCAUGUCAUGCCAGCUGUUCUUAUUUAUUUUAAUGUACUAUAGUGAACAUGCAUCUACUACCGUUUUAUAUAUAGAUGCAGUCAUGCUGCUUCAGUAUGUAUCAGUUAACAUUUUUUAUAUAAUAUUGAUGUAAUAUUAAAAAAAACAUCUGCCUUCAACUAUGAGCAGUUUCACUGACCCUGUGGAUGAAACGCAUGCCCACCACAUGACGCUGCCUCCUGUCAAGGUGAUGCGUUAAUGAGGCUGCCCUUGAUCAAAUUGAAAAGGGAUAAAAAGAAAUUAAUUUUUGUAAAUGUUGAUUUCAGUUAUAUCUGAAAGCAGGUAUUUGUAUGGGAGUGUUUGCACUCUUUAACUUUUUUUGUUUUUGAAAAAGUAAGUGUUACAUGAAAAUGGCAUAUGGAUAGGAAACGGUCCACUUCAUGGGCAAAAAACAUACAGUGUGAAUCUAAACACAAGAGACAAAGAGUUUGUCUCAUCUCUUUUUUAUGAUCCAUCUGAAGGAUUAUUCAGUUUUCCCACCAAAUAAGCAGGUUGAACCUUCGUCAUUGGUUGUCAUUUAAAAUGUCCACUUCAUUAGUUAAUGUGGAACAUUCAUAAGACUGUAAUUCUUAAUAAAUCAACAACUGUGAUGAAAUAACUUCCAAACAGAAAUUUGACAAACAUCCAUAUGAGAUGAUUAAAGAAAUCCAGAAAAUUGUUUUCCAAAUCAACGCUAGGAAAGCAAAUGUAAACAUCUCUUUAAGAGAUGUAUUUUAUUCCUAGGCUCCUCCAGCUGCUGUAUUUCAUUACUCCACAGUUUCUGUUGCUACACAGUGCUUGUUAGUAUCCAAUAAAAUCACUGCUUUAUGUUUAUGCAAUCAAGA